UAUCCGUUAUUAAUCUGGAAGUGGUGAACGUUAAACCUCUCAGUGCUCGGAAGCUAAACACUAAAUAUGAUUCACAUGUUCUUGACGUUCCUUGUCACCGUGUGGAUAAUGCUUUACACUCAUGUCUGCGGGACAGAAAUAAAUAAUUGCAUCCAAAGCGUUGCAGAUAUUUAUAGUAUACUAGCUUAUGGAUCAACUUGUUUCAACAGUUCUAUUGAUGAUUACAAGCAGGAUGUGAAAAAUUGCUCUUCAUGUGAUUGGACAGAUUCAACUAAAAAAGAUAACUAUUUUAGUUUCCGAAUAAAGUACGGGUCAGACACUGUAGUAAAACUGGACAAUAAAAAGAAGGAAAGCUGUAAUUACAAGAAGGAAAAUGUAAUAAUCGAAUGCAACAUGGACCAAAAAACAAUAGAACCAUUAAAAAGUUGCAUUAUUGACCAGUGUCUUUCCCACCAAAAAGACGGGGAGACGAAAGAUGAUGGAACUGAGAACGUUGCUAUUACAAAACAAGAAGAUACCAUUAACCAUUCGCCUGCUAUGAUUGUUGCUGUGGUAGAGGGCUUCCUUCUUGGUAUUAUCAGUGUUCUGUUGGCAGCUUCCAUUAGAUCUAGAAAAACAGAACUUACAGUUUGCCGUCAAAUAGCAUACAUUGGGAGAUGUUGCUCUAACUCAUCACUGACGUCUGGCAGCCAUUCAGAUCAAAGACAAAAUGUACCUCCAACUUCAUCUGAAACAACGACAAAAUCUGUUUAUGAAGACAUUCCAGACAAAAAUAUAUACAAUCAUUUGCACGAGAAACCGAAAUCUUCGGCACCACCAGGUCGUUAUUCAACCAUGAAAGACUUUCAUAACGCUAUUCAGACAGAGAAAAACUUUAAGCCUGGUGCUAAUAAAGAUGAUAAAAAUCAAGAGAACACAUUUCUGAUAGCAUUACAAUCAUCAGAAAAUGUUGAUGGAAAAACGAACCUACAUGAGAUGCAAUCAACAGGUGCAUAUUUUAUUCUUGAAAAGAAAUGUCCGGAGGAAAAAAAUAUACCAAAUAGAAAUUAAAUCAUUCUUAAAAUCCAUGUAAAAUUCAUGUAAAUACAUUUAAAUCUAUAAGAAAGAAAUGUUAAUACCUCCAUUGUAAAAGAAAACAUUGCUUUAUCAAAUGAUUAAUACGUUCGAAUUUAUAUUCUUGGAAAGUUAAGACUUCAGAGAAUAUGUACAUGAAACCCCCUUUUAAGCAAUAAAAAAUCUUUAUGUAGAGUUACAUAUACAUCUAGCAAGCAAUGAUAAUGAAUGUUCUUAAUGGGUUUUCCUUCAACUCAUUGAUUGAUACAGUAAAUAAAAAAAAAAAGAGAGAGCAACUGUGUAUCGUAUGAACUUGGUACAACGAAGU